UCACCUUGAUGUAAACAACAUGCAUCGUAGUUGUUCGAUUAAAUCGCUCGAGGUCCAUCACAGACAAGUUGACCGUGAUUUUAUUUGCCAAAACCGAGAAGUUUUGUACCUAUAUGCAGACCACUGAGGUAGCGUUUUACAGAAUGAUUUGUAUAACGGAUAAGCCAGUUGCAAUGAACGAAUGGAAGACCGUCAGACGAAAGGACGUGGAAAAUGUUUACGCCGUGAAAAGCUCCCCUGAAGAAGAGCAUAUCAUAGAGAAAAGCAUCGAAUCUCAUGCUUCUCAAUCCGAGAAAACACAGAUGUCUGGACCAAACACCAAGGGGAGCCGUGUACGACGGCACUCGUCUUAUGAGCCAAGUUUAGACGAUAUCAAAGAAGAAGGACAUGAUGAAUUAGCGAAGGAAGAAAAGGAUUUAGCCUCGCUUCAUUUGCAGCGAGCGAUUGAGUCUGGAGCUUUGAAGCGAAACUCUGAAGGAAGGCAAUUUCGAAAGAAACUAUACAAGGCUCUUCCUCCAGCAAGACCGCGAGCUUUUACUUGUUAGAUCCUUUCAAGGCCUAAGUGGGACAUAUCACAGAUCUUUAUACACGUUGUGGGAUUCGAAGGUGUGAAGAAAUAUGACUUUGGAUAAUGAAAUGAGUAAUUUACAAGGACAACACUAUCACGUGGCGAAGCUGGGUGCAAAAUACGAUGGCGUGCGAUGGUUUGCUUGAUGAGGUACUUUUGCUAUUCCCAUAGGACUCUUUAAAGAUAUAUUAUAAUUAUCGUGACGAAAAAGGGGAAUAAUAAUUGUUAUAAAUGUUUAUAUAGCUUAGCACAGACAUACAUGACUAUUUGGAUCGCAGUCGAGUUGUGUUCGAACAAAACAUUUCGGCUAAGCGCCAAGAUUCGUACGAAGGUCUUGACCCUGCGAAUGGCCGACAAAAACGCGACAUAACAAAACAACAAAUUUUGCUCAAAAACUAAAUUGGAAGUAAAGCUAAAAAAUAACUUGAUCUUAAUAGAAGACAAGGUUCGAAUUGAACGGCAUUUUUGUACAACUUGAUCGAUUGCAUUUAGCGAUGUACAACUAUAAAGUAUUCAUAUUAUGUGUCGUCGUACAUUUCACACCAGUAUAUAUUUAUACAUUAUAAUUUAGCUAAAAGAUUAUCACUUAAUACAGCAGUGCUGAAACGAAAACAAUUUUAGGUUUAUAGCUCUGCCUAAACGAAGCUAUUGACACAGCUUUUGUACAAAACGGGUUCCAAGAACUAUUUUUUCUUUAUUGUUUACUGUUGAAGACAGACGUGCAAAAAUUCAUUUUUCAUUGUCUUCAGCAAAAAAAAAUCAAUAUUUGGUGAAGUAUUUUCACGUAGAAUUUAAAGAAAAUCCAUAGUAUUUAGAUACUGCAGUUUGGUAUAUUUUGAUUUUGAAGAGAGUUGGAAAUUUAAGUUUCAAGUCUCGAGUUUCCUUGCCAAAAUGAUUAUUACUAUUGUUGAACUAGUGAGCAAAAAAAAUAUAAGAAAAAAUACCUUGUACAUAUAUUUUCGAAGGUUUAUGCUUUGAUACUCGACAAUAAUAUUGWUAUUGAUUUCAGUUCAGUGUAAAAACAUGUACAAUUAUUGAAAAGAAUUAUCGACAUUUGUAAAUAUGUUCUGCAGUAUACAUUUCAACGGUAAUCGCUUAUUUUGCAUCACAAGUUCACGUGUAUAAAUUGAAUAUCUUGUAAAUAAAUUUUGACUUACUAUGGAAUAAGCUAUAACUAGCAGUGUUGUUUCAUUUAGAAAGUUUACUUUGGCAUGCUGUCUUUAAAAAACAUAUUGUUUUCAUUCUGCCAUGCAGGAAAACAUUCCUCCUAAUCUAGCUAAAGGGUCAGCGUUUAUAGGCUUUACAAAGAGCUUUGAGAUUCUACACAUUGGAAGAUUAUCCCAGAAAUGGAUCCCCGGCUAGUACUUAAGUAGAAAAAGCUUAUUUAGGUAGUAUAUAGCUUCAGCAAUUUCAAAUCGAAGGGUUUAGGGCUUUAAAAAUAAAUGAGUUACUGAGUUA